CGGGAUUUGAGAUUUGAGGGAGGGAGCCAUGGCGAUUGAGAAGAACAACUUCAAGGUUUCGAGGCUGGAUUCGGAGGUGUCUCCUGGUAGUAGGAAGAGUGUUUCCAGUGACGACGAUGAGCUUCAGCAGCGGAGCUCAGCUGCCGAGUCUGAUGAUGAUGAUGAGUUUGAUGAUGCUGACUCCGGGGCGGGGUCGGAUGACUUUGAUUUGUUGGAGUUAGGGGAGACUGGUGUGGAGUAUUGCCAGGUUGGGAAUCAGACUUGCGGCAUUCCUUUCGAGCUGUAUGAUCUUCCGAGUCUGGAGGAUAUUUUGUCUGUGGAUGUGUGGAAUGAGUGCUUGAGUGAGGAGGAGCAGUUUGGGCUUACCAAGUAUCUGCCUGACAUGGACCAGGAGACGUUUAUGAUUACCAUGAAGGAGCUUUUCGAGGGGAGUAACUUCCAUUUCGGGAGCCCCGUGACAAAGCUGUUCGAUAUGUUGAAGGGAGGUUUGUGCGAGCCGAGAGUUGCACUUUACCGCGAGGGUUUGAAUUUCUUUCAGCACCGACGGCACUACAAUCUUCUGAGGAAGCAUCAGGACACUAUGGUUCGUAAUCUCUGUCAGAUAAGGGAUGCUUGGCUUAAUUGCAGGGGAUACAGUAUUGAGGAGAGGCUAAGGGUGUUGAAUAUUAUGAGAAUCCAGAAGAGUUUGAUGUCUGAGAAGAUGGAAGAUAUGCCCUGUGACUCAUCUGAAAGAGAUUCUGGUGAAGGUCUGCACAGUAACAAGAUCAAGGACAGGAAAGUAGCACAGCAAAUGAGUCGUCAUUCUCCGUAUGGGGUGGGCUCGAACAUGGAUUUUGCAUCAAAAGGGCGGUCGUCGUCUUUGGAAGUGGCAAAAUAUGGGAAGCAGAACUCCAAAGGUAUACUGAAGUUGGGUGGUUCAAAGACUCCUUCAGAAAAAGAGCUAGCAAGUUAUCCUGGACCAUACAGUUCAGCAGUUGUUCUUCCUCGGUCGAAUAAGCCCGGGGCGUAUGAUUCUGGGGCAGCUCUCAGAAUGAGGGAUCAGAUGAUAAGUAGUGAUGAUGCUGAAGAAGCAACAUAUGGAAUUAAAGUUCAGCAAGAUCGAUUUGCGUCUCGUGGUAGCAUGCUUGACAAGGCUGGUCUUCUGAAAGCGGGAAAGAACCUUGUAAGAGGUAAUGAUGUAAUAACUGACAGUUUGAUGGGUCUGCCUCUCUCUUCAAAGAAUGAGGGGAAUGCCUAUGGUAGGAACCGGGAUGCAAACCUUCUGUCGGAGGCAAAGGUAUUGACAGCCAAGCCUCCUAACAUGAGGGCUCCAUAUGAUUUUGGUAUGAAGGCCAAAUAUCCAGGAAAUAUUCAGCAGUACGCAGUAGGUGAUCAGAUGAAAUUCUUGAAAGGCAGACUUCCACAGGCACCUUUCAGAGGUGAUCGAUAUGAUUCAUCCGAUCAAGCUGAUCUAUUCUGGAAUAACAGGAGUGAAGGGGAGGCUUUUGCUACAGAAUCCCCCUUUCGAGCAGAUGAUUGGAGUCUGAGGAGCAAGAAAUGGAAGAUUGGGGGUGAGUCUCCUGAUUUAAAUUACAAGUCCUAUAGAGCUUCCCCUCCACAGAUGAAUGAUAGACUUUCCGAAUUUAGAGCAAAACCAUUGCAAAGGAAGUUAAGAGGGAAUACACUACAUAAUGGAGGAUCAGACAUGGUGGCAUUGAAAGGUAAUAGAAUGUUUGUUAAAAAUGAAGAAACAGAAUCAGACUCAUCAGAUCAAUUUGAAGAUGAUGAGGAUAACAACCCUCUAUUGAGAAGCAAGUUGGCUUAUCCCAGUGGCUCUAUGGAAGGUUCUCCAUCUUCGUUGUUGAUGCCCAAUCUAGACGGAAAAAGAGCCAAAUAUGCACAGAAAGAGGUGAAGAAUAUGCAGGCCCUUGAGGGGAUCAAUUACUCCUCCAAAAAGAUGGGUGGUUUUGUUGAUCAAGGAAAUAUGCGUAGUUUAGAUAACUAUUCUUCCAAAACAAAACAGAAGGGUAAGAUGGGAGACGGUAGUCCCUUGCAUUUGGAAGGGCGUUAUGUCCCCGGCUUCGAUAACCUUGACGACAAUGAUGACGAUGAACUGAAACCGAUCUACAAAUUGGGCAAGAAUGCAAAAUUUCAAGGUGGAGCUGGUGAAAGGUUGCAUGUACCCUCACUCAAGACCUAUACUGCUAGUGGAAAGCAGAAACCUGAAGUUGUUCAUGACCAUUCUGUUUCACAGUCUCACUACUUUGUUGAUGAGGAAGAUGAUUCACUUCAAAUGCGUUUACUGGGAGAUGGUAGUGCGCAGGGUAGAUUGAGAAACAAAGGCCAGAACGUCGAAGCAUACAUGAGGGAUCACCGUGAAAACAUUGAGGUCCCAUUACUGGGUUGCAGUUUGGUGACAAAGAAGCGGAAAGGGAAAGAGGAUGCAAUGGAUACAAGUAGAGGAGAUGAAGAUCUUCUGUCGAAUCAUUUGCAACGUAGUGCCGAGUCCAAUUCCUUGAAAAAAAAGGUAAAGAGGAAGAUGGAAACGGAAACUGGUAGUUCAGAUAUGGAAAUUUCUGAGCCACCAGUUACAGAAAUGGGAGCAACAGAUAUGGAGCUGGAAACCAAGCCCCAGAAAAAGCCAUUUAUUUUAAUUACACCCACUGUUCAUACUGGUUUCUCAUUCUCGAUUAUGCAUCUUCUUUCAGCAGUUCGCUUGGCAAUGAUUACUCCACGUUCGGAAGAUACUUUAGAUGUUGGGGAACCUAUAGAUGAGAAGAAUAAAAGUCAGGAAGAUGGUGCCAAUGGCGUUAUUACUGAUAAGAAUGUGGAUGCAAAUAACUCUGAGCAUGAUGGAGAAGGGAGCACGCCUUUUGUAACAGUUCAGGAGAUUGUGAAUCGUGUUAGAUCAAAUCCAGGAGAUCCUUGUAUUCUUGAGACACAAGAGCCACUUCAGGAUCUGGUGAGAGGAGUUCUGAAGAUAUUUUCAUCAAAAACAGCUCCUUUGGGGGCGAAGGGUUGGAAGCCAUUAGCUGCCUAUGAAAAAGCUACAAAAAGUUGGUCAUGGACUGGCCCAGUUUCUCAUAGUUCAUCAGAUAAUGAGACCAUUGAGGAGGUAACAUCUCCUGAAGCAUGGGGUCUUCCUCACAAGAUGCUUGUCAAGUUGGUUGAUUCAUUUGCUAAUUGGCUGAAAUGUGGGCAAGAGACCCUCCAACAAAUAGGAAGUCUUCCUGCACCGCCUUUGGAGCUGAUGCAGCCCAACAUAGAUGAGAAGGACAGGUUUAGGGACCUAAGAGCUCAAAAGAGUCUUAGUACCAUCACUCCAAGUUCUGAAGAAGUGAAAGCUUAUUUCCGUAAGGAGGAACUUCUUAGGUAUUCAGUACCUGACAGGGCCUUCUCUUACACCGCAGCUGAUGGUAAAAAAUCUAUCGUUGCCCCAUUGAGAAGGUGCGGUGGUAAGCCAACAUCAAAAGCCCGAGAUCAUUUUAUGCUGAAACGUGACAGACCACCACAUGUUACAAUCCUUUGUCUUGUGAGAGACGCAGCUGCUAGAUUGCCUGGAAGUAUUGGCACCAGAGCAGAUGUCUGUACUUUGAUAAGAGAUUCUCAGUAUAUUGUUGAAGAAGUGUCUGAUACACAAGUAAAUCAAGUUGUUAGUGGAGCUCUGGACCGCUUGCAUUAUGAGCGUGAUCCUUGUGUACAAUUUGAUGGAGAAAGAAAAUUAUGGGUCUAUUUACAUAGAGAAAGAGAAGAAGAGGAUUUUGAGGAUGAUGGUACUUCAUCUACAAAGAAAUGGAAGAGGCAGAAAAAGGAUGCUGCUGAUCAAGCUGACCUAGGAGGAGUGACAGUGGCUUAUCCUGGAUCUGAGGAACAAUCUGGAUAUGAUUUGUGUUCCGAUCUUAAUGCAGACCCAUCAUUUUUGGAUGAUGACAAGGGAAUGGAACUUGAAUACGAUGAUGUGAGACAGGAUGCAGAUGUCGAUGCUGAUCCCAAUCAGGGGUCUGAACUAGACGAAAUGCAUCAAGACAAUCCAAUUUGGGAGGGUCUUGAUUUAAAUCCUAUGCGCGAAAGAAAAUUGCUUUGUCAGGAAAACUCCACAAAUGAAGAUUUUGAUGAUGAAGCGUUUGGCAGAGAAAGGACCGUUGGGCUCUUGAGUGCAAGCUUACUAUGAGGUCUUUUUCAGGCAUAAUGAUCCUCCACGUCCAUCUGAUUGCACUAUUUGUUCCAGAUCAAGGAGUCUAGGAAAUGUUGUCACAUUGAAGGUGCAGUAUUUUUGCAUAUAUAUUGAUUCUGUCAGGAAAUGUAGAGUAGAAAUUUGAUCUUCUUUGAACCAUGGGGUUGGUACAGGUGGAUAUCUAUAUAGUUUGGCAUUCCAUAAAUAAAAUUUUGUCUCUAUUUUAGAUCAU